AUGUCUAUAGUACCAAUGUUAUUUCGUGAUUGGUGGGACGACUGGGAGCGUCCUUCCAGGCUGAUGGACCAGCACUUCGGGAUGGGCUUGAAGAGGGACGAGCUGCUCUCAUCACUCGCCAUGCCUAGCAGUUCCAUCUUCAGAAAUUCCUACUUUAGACCCUGGAGGACAAGUCUUGCGAGACAGGAAUCCUCGUCUACUAUUAACCUCACCAAGGAGAAAUUUGAGGUGAUCCUUGAUGUACAGCAAUUUGCACCAGAGGAGAUAACAGUGAAGGCGUCAAACAAUUGCAUUGUGGUUGAAGGAAAACACGAAGAGAAACAGGACGAGCAUGGCUUCAUCUCGCGCCAGUUUACUCGCAGAUACAUCCUCCCGAGCGGAUAUGACGUCGCCGACCUGGUCAGCACUCUAUCCUCUGACGGAGUACUUACAAUCACCGCCCCAAAACGACCUCCACCGAACAACGGAGAGAGGGUCAUACCUAUCAUGAAGACUGGUCCAGUUAAACAACCAGAAGCACCAAAAACUCCAGAACAACCAAGGGAACAGACCGUCCCAAUAGUAACCUCGCCUUAA